CAGGCUUUAUUUUCUGUUUCAACUAGGAUAUAGAUAUAAAAAAAACAACAACAUAGAUAUAGAUAGACAUUUAGGUUUUGAGUAUCUAAUUCUGGGAUUUCAACCGAUUUUCAUGGACGCGUUAUUUAUUUCGCGUAUCGGCAUAAAUUGUAGCUGUCGACUUUAAAACUUGACAUAAGAAUCUACCCGUGUGUGUGUAUUUGCCAGCUCUCUUCGAUUCCCCUCGUUGUGUAAGAAAUGGGGACGAUAGUUCUAGAAUAAAGCAAUGUGUUACCUUAUGGCUAAGACAGCUACAUAAACGUACAGUCUGGUGAAAGCUUGGCUACGUUCUUCUGUUGAUUAGCUGGGAUAGUGCUACAGGGUGGACUGUCCAUACUUUCAAAGUGAAAAAAAAAAGAGGAGAGUUCUGGAGAUAGAAGAGAGAAAAGGGGAAACAAUUUGAAGGAGGAAUGAUUCAGUGAAAGAAAUAGAGAAAGAAAGAUCAAAUCAGGGAAAGAUACAAAAAGAGAAAGGUAAUGAGUCCCAUUCGAAGAAGACUAUUUUUACUUAAUAGAGCGUUCAUAUAGAGGACUUAUUAAAACUUGGCCAGUGUUAAGGCUGUCUUGCUUGGUGUUCGUUUACACGUAUUCAAAGGUCAUCAUUAUAUGGCAUCAGGAAAAAAUAAGGUGUCCAAUUAAAGUGUGAUAAGGGAGACAAGCCAGAAGUAAAACAAGAAUGUCAAAGAAGGGACAAGAAAUAAUUGGAUUUGUUCCCUUGGUCAAGAAACAAGAGCUGGACUUUGACCCGAAAGUUCUGACAUUAACCCAGAUUAUUAACAGCAGCAACUUACCAAAGGUGAUACAGUGUGAGAAGUCGACCAUUCCAUCCAAAGAAGAAACUAACUCGAUAGAUAUUUCUCAGCCCUUACUAGCUUACUGCAAGAACUCGGUCAGAAAAGUCUGCGCCCAGAACUUGAGCUUUGACAAGAAAAAGAAGAUGUUUGUUACUGUUGGCUCAGAUUUAUUGAUUCCAGAAACAUAUCAAGGCUGGUUUGCUGUAAUGGGUCAUCCAGAAGAGUGCACUAGUGAUCUGCCCGUGCCCCAUUACAGAACACUGGCACAGCUUGCAACAUCUCAGUGUUCGUCUUUCCUUGUUGGAGGUAGUAAGCCCAUUGAAGGAAUCAUGAUGGACAAAGUUAGUGGAAAAAACAUUCGGUUUCAAAUAUUGCCAGGAGAGGUUCUUCAAAAAGCUGGUAACUAUGUGGCACAGUACAGUCAGGAUGACAAAAAGAAAAAGAAGAAACAGAAAAAGAAAGGCAAAGAGUCGAGUCCUCAAGAGGAGGUCUACAUCAAGUGUUACGAUCAUAAGGACAGGGAGAUUUAUGUCCCAGCAUGCCAGCAGGGCAUGUUCUUUGUAGUCACCCAGAGCUCAGGUUCUCUCAAAACACAAGUGCUUCAGAUGCCGGCUUUACUUGAGAGGUAUAAAUUCCCAAUUAUAGUGUCACUUAUUUACGGAGCCAUUCCCAAGAUUCCUUGUGCUUUCACUGGAACUCUUCUUCUAACAGACUCAGGAAUGAGUCAUACAGUUGUUACAUCCACGUUAUUCAAUGUCACCAACAUUCACUUUGAGAUCCCUUUGUCCUCAGACCUCAAGUUUCGUGUGGCUAUUGAUAAUCCUGGACUAAAGAGCUGCAAAGCUUAUAUAAAUGCUUUGAAAUCUUGUGAAAAUAAUGCCAAGUCUUACACAAGAAAUAUCAAGGUUAUUGUUGGUGAUCCCCAAUUGGAAGAUGAUGAGUCUAAAAGUCAGCAAUCAGCCAAUAAAGUCAAUUUACAAGAAGCUAAAGGAAACACUGAACUCUCUGAACAGACUGAAUUACGUGCAUCUCUAAAAGGACAAAAAUCUGGCCCAAAGAGUGUGCCUUUCAGUAGAGGAUCACGCAAAUCAACAUUUAAAGAACUGUCAACAUGUCUGACCAUCAAUGAUGAUACUGACAUUCAGGGGGGAGCGACUUAUUCUCCCAGCACCCUCUUGUUCCCCUCUGAAGAGUUGAAGUCAUCACCUGUGCUAGCCCGACACAACGUCUUUGACCCUCCAGAGCAUCCAGAUUCCAUACCUAUUCAUACAGGAGCUCAGAAUUCAUCCCAAUUGCCUAGUCCAUUAAGUCAAAACCAUGAAUAUGAACCUGGAACACUCAAACCAGAAAAAUCCCUUUCUUCAGAAGGAAAUUAUAUAGAGAUUUGGAAAAAAGGUCCAGAGCUAAUGCCGCUUCCUAAAGCACAUCUGAGACUUGGUGCAGAUGAUUACUUAAUUUUUCCUAAAUAUAAAGAAGAUAUCAAAACUCCUGUCUCACACCCACAGAUUCAAAAAAGUCUUUCUAAUCCUCAUGUACCCAUCAAGAGGCCUCCGGCGUUGGACAGAAGGUUAAGUGAUUAUCAAAGAGAUUCCAUGGAAGAUGAACCUUUGAGUCCCUUACAAAGCAAAAACGAUUACAUAAACUUUGUUCCCCAGCAGUUUGUUGGAGCAGAUGACCUGACAGUAGAAAGAUUCAGCAAAAUAAUAUUGGAAGCUGAUGAAGAAUCCCUCCCACCACCAAUACCCAUUCGUAAAAAGUUUAGGUCAUCGAAUGAAAGUGACUAUAUGAAAUUUGAUCCCAGUGUAAGUGUUAGUAACCAGCAAAAUUCUGACAAAGUCAACGUCAGUCCUGUCACAUCGAAUCCAUAUGAAACACCAGAUCCGAUUAGUCGUGGCAACGUUGUUUAUGAAACACCAGAAUCAAUCAAAGGUAGGAAAGGCUCCAAGCGAGAAGUAGAUUCAAACAUAGCAGACAGUGGAAUAUAUGUGGAAGAGGAUUCAAAAGAUGAAAAUGACAACGCCGCUAGCCCAUAUGUCUGUAGAAAUGACUAUAUUUCUAUGGCAGAUGCCUUCCCUCUAUUAACCAGGCCAAAUUCUCUAACAGAAAGCCUUCAUAGCCCCACAGCAUUCAAUCCUGAUAUUACAGAUCAAUCAUCCGAGCCAGGCUGUAAUGUUUCAAGGGUGUUAAAAAAUGUACCAACUGUUCCAGAACGUAAUUUAAGCUUUGCUGAGGCCCGGGAGAACAUAGGAAAAAGGAAGCAGCUAUUGAAUGAGCUUGUUAAUGCAGGGAUAAUUGUUACCAAAGGACUUGAAGGUGAUAUUGUCAGCCUGCAAAAGGAUGAGUGGUCACAAAUUCUCAAUGAAAAGCAGAACUUGGAAGAACUGCUAAAGACUUUGUUGCCUCGAGCUAAUAAAACUGACUUGAAAGAAAUUAUCAGGUGUGUUCAGAAUAUAAGUCAUUAGUGGAAAUAGGUGACUUAAUCAAAUAUCUAAAUUGUUCUCAUUAAUUUGAUUUACACCAGCAUUUCUACAGACAUGCACCUUUUGCAUGCAUUGUUGUCAAAACAAAUAAGCAGUCUAGACAAUGUUUGCUACUAAUGCCUUCAACAACUGAUAUGCAUGAACAGACAUUUGCAGCAGUUUGACUUAUUAAAAUGGUGUGAUAUAACACUUGUUAUGCUAUAACAAUCAUGUGUAAUACUGGAAUGUAAAUGAAAUGUUAACCAGUUUUGAAUGUAUUAAUUAGUUGAAUUGAACACACAUUCCAUAAGUAUACAAAUGUCUUCAAAUAAACAAUUUUAAUGUUAUGUAAAUACUAGUAUUUUAAUUCUUGAUGGAAUUAAAAUAAUAUACUUUACAUCACCAGUAUUUUAUUUCUAUCAAGGCAAAAAAAUUGAAAAAAAAAAUUAGGCUACUAUUAUAUUUUAUCUCUUUUUGACAUUAUUUUUUUUUAUCAGAGCCACUGUGAAAAUUGGAAUACAUGCUAAAAAAAAGUGUUUAAAAAAAUGGGGCAGAUAAUGCCAAAAUACAUGCUAAAAAAAUGUUUUCAAAAAUGAGGUCAGAUAAUGCUAAAAAUCAUCUGCUUCUGUGGCCAACAAUUAACAACUGUGUCAUGUGGCUAGCACAAUGGUCAAUCUCCUUUAUUUAACCCUAGCAACAUUUCAAUAAAUCUUGUAAGUCUCUGGUUUAGAAUCCCAUCCUUAACCUGGGUCUGAACUCUACUUCUCUCAGUUCAGAAGCUAAGUUCUUUACCACUAGUUAAUAGUACUUAAAAUCUUAGUCGUAAGACUAAGGCUUUAUUACAAAUAUUUACAAAUGAACUUGCAAACAGAUUUGAACACAAGCAUUGCAGAUACCGGUAGUCUUAAAACAUUGAAAAAGUUGACCACAAUGAUUCAAGAUAUAUUUGUGUUCUAUCCCAUGAGAAAGUAUAAACUCCUCAAAGUACAUGUGAUAUACAAAGUCAGUGCUUGUCUGUGUUAUAAAAUUAUGCUUGUAGUUAUUUAAACUUCUAUUUGUACACAAGUUAUGAAAGCACAGAGGUUUUACAUCUAAAUGAGCGUAAAAUGAAUGGUUUAUAAUUCUAUGAUCAAAUGUGUACAUUAUUAUACAAGAUUUUGAGCAAUAAAAUGAAUCUAUAUUUCUAUAAAA